GCUGUGAUACAAAACUCAACUCCAGACAGGUCACCGGUUUCCGGUUUCCGCUAAACAACGUCAACAGUGAAAGACGAAGAGGAGAAAUACCUUCAAUGCAGAUGCUCUGUGUAAUCUCUAAUUUACAUCCCAAGAGUGACUUGUCAGAUUAACGUGGCAUCUGUUCAGUGAACUGCUCAGUCUUGAGCCACUACAGCACCAUAGCAGUGGUGCUCCCCUGAACUGAGCCAUCACCAUGGAAACGGACACAGAUGUUAUACCGAUCUGGCAGAACAAGCCUCAUGGGUCCACUCGGAGUGUUGUGAGAAGAAUAGGCUCAACUCUUCCACUUAGACCUCCACAAAGAGCAUGUUUUCAGGAACUGCCAGGUCUACCGUCUCUUCGCCCUAUGGAUGGGCCCAUGGUUCCCACCUUAGCAGAUAUCGCUUGGAUUGUUGCGGAUGAAGAGGAGACGUAUGCCAGAGUGCGGAGUGAUUCUCGCCCUCUUAAGCACGAAUGGAGGCCCACGCCUCUACUGGUGCUCCACAGGAACUCAUCCGUGCCCAACUUCCGCCGUGAGGGCAAGCGAGUGGAAGGGCUGAAGAAGCCUGGUGUGACGGCGCUCAACCGCACCACCGCCCUGCAGGAUGAGCUGAGCAGGCUCCGAGCGCAGAUCGCAAAGAUUGUGGCCGGUGAUACUGGCUCCAACCCUUUAACCCCUGACCUUCUUUCCCCCGACGACACCACCAUGAGCUUCUCCAUGGCGCCCUUCGAGACCGCCCCGUACCAACCAGCCGCCACGGCCGCCGCCUCUUUUGUCAUCAGCGAUGUCACCGAAGAAGAGGAGGAGGAAGAAGAAGACGAGGACAAGGACAUGGUCUCCGUGGUGUCAGAGCUCGUCCCCGACCCAAUGCCGCCGGUGUCGAUGACGGCGUCGGCGACAUUUGACCUGGACAGACCCAGCAUGGACUACCGCGAGGCGGAAGAGGACACGGUGUCGCUGUCCAAGUCCACCAGCUUUGCAGAUGUGAUGGACAUCCUGAAGGACAUGAACCGCAUGAAGAUGAGCAAGGACAGGUACAACAGAGGCUGCACAUCGCUGAGAGAGGAGGACUCCGCCUCUCUGAUCUCAGAAGCUCUGAGGAAAAAGUUUGUCCUAAAGGAAGAAGACACCUUGUCCGUGAAGCGGAAGUAGCCUGCCUUCCCACGUUCAUCCUCACCUUACUACCCCAUGCCUUUCCCAUGAACUAUCAUGGACCACAACCUUGCUCCUCAGACCUCAGUGCAGUAGUGGCCUGCCAGACUUAGAAACAGAAAACACAUGUGAACUGUAUCACAUAAUAUAUUUAUCUUUUUUUUACAUUUCAGUGUGUACAGAAUGGACCGGUUCAUCUGAGGACUGACUAAACGGCCCUUUAAGAAGCAUUUUUACCCCUCCAGCUUUGAAAAGGAGCCUUUUUGCAUUUUGUUGAAGGGUUUUUAAUUGGGAAAUUCAGUUCUGUACCAUACUUGAAAAUGACAACACUACGGGCAUGCACUGCAUCUCGUGUUAACACAAGCUAUAUUAAGAUUUGAAGAGUGUGAUAUCUUCGGCCUGUGUGAGUUACAUAGUAUGCAACAGAUUUAAGCUUGUGCCAGCCUAUGACAUGAAGAAAAGUCAGCUGUAUGUGUGUUUUACAUCAUUUUGUACAGUAACCUGCAAGUUGCGACUUUGAAUAUUCCUAGUGACGCCUUACCGCACGUCUGUUGCCUGAUUUUACUCCCCCUACUGUGCCAUGGCUUUUCAUUUUAAUCAGUCCACCCCUCGUUGCCUAACAUUUUAGGUUCCCAUUCUCAAUGUAUCACAUUUGCCAUUGAGCAAAAUUAGCAUCUCUUGCUUUGAAAAACAAUGGGUUACCUUUGUCCUUCUUAAAAGUCUCCUUUUUUCCAGUCAUUCGCUUGCUUAUUGUUGGAAAGACAAGAUGAAUUCCGUUAUGUUGGAAAAAACCUUUCCACAGAUUUUUGUCUUUACCUCGUAGGGUUGAACCCAGCACUGCAUUGUAUCACUUGUAAGGUUUUUUUUUUGUCAUGUAAGGAUUUGUAAAUAAAGUUGGACAGAUGUUUUGAAA